AUGCGUCUCUCAGUAUCUUUCCUUGCGACCUUCUUCGCCUUCCUGGCGCUUUGCGCUUUCGCCCAGGCGGCCACACCAAACCAGUACAAGUUCACCGGCACCAAGACUGCGUCUGAUAUCAAGCGCUAUAUCGUAUCUUUCAAAGAGACUGCCACAACGACUAGCCUGGAUGACCUUACCACCAAGGUGAAGGAGUUGGGAGGCGAUAUCAUCAACCGAUUCAGCGUCAUUCCCGCCAUUGUUGUUGACCUCCCCGCCAAGCUCGCCACCGCCUUGGCCGCUAUACCCGGAGUAGACUCGGUGGAAGAGGACCAGCCAGUAAAUGCGAUGCCCGGAAAGAAGAGGAUGUGA